AUUGAACAUUCACAUAGUUUGCGUUAGUCUCUUGCGCCGAAAGGUAUUGUGCGCAUUUGGUGUCUUUUUUUUUGUGGUUACGCAGUAAAAGUUUGGAUAAUGAAUACAAAUAUGAUUACAGGCGUCCUAAUGGGAUUGCUGGCUGGCAGCAUUAAUCCGCCCCUGCAACAUCAGCAUCAACAGCGUCAUGAAGAAAAUUGGAGACAUCGGCAAGAAGAAAGUUGGCGACGUCGACAACAAGAAAAACGCCGACGUCAACAAGUAGAAAGACGCCGGCGUCAAGUAGAAGAAAAUCGCCGACGUCGGCAACAAGAAAAACGCCAACGUCGACAAGAAGAAAAACGCCGUCGUGAUGUGGAAGCAAAUCGCCAACGUCAGCUAGAAGAAAAUCGCCGGCGUCAGCAGCAAAAACAAGAGGAAGCAGCGAAAAAUAAUCAACAUAACCAAACCAAAGAAAAGAAACAAGAGCCGGAUUCAAGUACUGGAUCUUUUAAACAAAUGAAAAAAGAAAAAGUAGAAAAAUAAAUAAAA